CGCAAGUCCUGCUGGACUGUCAGAAGGCGUGGAACAGAACAUUUGACGGCUGGGUGGUUGGUGGGGACUGCAGCAAGGCAAGGAACGUCACGUGCGAUUCCCAGGGCAUGAUAACAGCCAUGCAGUUAAACGGACUAAAACUACAGGGACCAUUUCCUUCAACCAUUGGCAACUUGUCCAGCCUGACACGUUUGAUCCUGAGUGACGCCCUACUACAGAUCAGCAUCCCUGAUUCCUUGAGUCAGCUCACGAAGCUACGUCACAUAGAUCUCGGAAGAAACAGCUUGGCUGGCUCUAUACCACCAACUUUGGCCAACCUUCAGAAUUUGACCACAUUGAACCUUCCGGUCAAUAGCUUUGUGGGCAGCAUUCCUCCAUCUCUUGGUAGUCUCACGAAUCUUCGUAGCUUGAACCUGACGUUCACCACAGCCACAUGCCCUCCCGACUUCACCCAAUGCGUGGUUGAGCAAAACCCUCAAAGUGCUUUUUGCCGCAAUUGCCUCUCCUUCUGCACCACCUGUGGCAUGGCAGCAGCAUCGCCCCCCUCCCUAUCGGCAGGGAGCUCAUUUCCCCCCGCUGCCUCUUCAGUAUUACCCACACCUGCAACAUCCACCUUCCAGCCUGGCGGCCUAUCAGGAGCAGCCGUCACUGGCAUUGCCGUGGCUGUGGUUUCUGUUAUGCUGCUGCUGGUUGGUGUGCUGAUAUGGUGGAGGGCCUACAAGAGAGAUGCAGCAGAAGGAGCAACUACAGCAGUUAAAGAGAGCAAGGAUGUACUACCAUGGGCUGUUGAUGGUCUGGCGGGCAGUGUGGCGGCGUCGCACUGCACGGAGUACUCCCUGGAGGAAGUGCUCACAGCCACCAGCAACUGGGCGAGUGAAAACCAGCUGAGGUCGGGCUCCUUUGGUGACGUGCAUAAGGGCGUGUCUCCGCGCGAUGGCACCACCCUGUGGGCCGUCAAGCGAGCCAAGCUCCUGCAAGCUGACUUUCAGCGGGAGGUGCGACAAAUGGCCGACAAGAACCAUCCCCAUAUCGUGCGGCUGCUGGGGUUUGCUGUUGGAGGGGACAUGCGGACUCGGCCAGAGCAAAUCCUGAUCUACGAGUUUCUUCCGAAUGGUGACCUUGAAAAGUGGAUCAGUUCAGAAGCGCCCUCUUGCCUCACCUUGAAGCAGCAGCUGGACAUCCUCAUUGGUGCAGCACGUGGUUUGGAGUACCUUCACAGCUUUGGCCUCGUGCAUCGCGACAUCAAACCCGCCAACAUACUCCUUGGGGCAAAGAUGCAGGCCAAGAUUGCGGACUUUGGACUUGUGAGGGAGGAGGAGGGCAGCACAGUGGGCACAACUCGAGUGAUGGGAACACCGGGCUAUGUGGAUCCCAUCUACUUCCACACAUCAAAGGCAACUAGCGCCACCGACGUCUAUAGCUUCGGUGUGCUCAUGCUUGUGGUCCUCACAAAACGGAGCCGCCCACUCCAUGUGGGUGAUGGAGAGUGUGAUCACAUCCUUUCAUGG